AUGACAAGGCGUCUCUACACUUUUUCGAACCCUAGAUUUAUUAGAAAAAGAAAAUUUCGAACGACUACCAUCACUGUUCCAGAUGAUAAGGAAACUAUUGAUGGUCAAAUAAUCACUUAUAAUUUCGUAAUCUCUAAGGACUUAAUUCCUUUCGUACCGAAUAUACCGGUAUAUGCAUCCGAUCAGGAUAAACGUGAAAACAUACCUAUACGACCAGGAAGUAAAACUUGGUUGCAGCUGCUGGAAGAUCGUAAAGCUUUACAUAAUAAACAAGAGCAAGAACGCCGAAAAACAUUGGCCGCCAUCCGUAAACGACAAGACAUACUAAUCCGGCAGCAAGAACAGGUGGCUUCUCAUGCUCGAAAAUUAAACAAGAUAAUGGAGGAACAUCGUAAAAAGAUUUCUCCCAAUGAACCUAUUUUAAACAAUAACAAGCGAUUGAUUGAAGCUAAAAGUUUAUACACGCUAGCUGCGGCCCAGGAUGCGAAACUCCUUGGCACCACCAUCGAAUAUCUACCUAUCAAAGAAUUGUUAACCGAGGAAUUUACACAGCGAUCACAUAAAUUCCACAACAAGGUUAGCGAAUGGAUCAAAUUUUUACAACAAGACCCUCUCGAACUAUUCAAUGAGAUUUACGUCGAUAUGAAAACUCUUUGGAGCUUAAACACAUAG